UAUUAUCUCCAAGUCAAUUCCGGUUCAACAACUGCAGCAAAAAUGGACGUAUGGGGCAGUCAGAACGCGGCGGCUAAGGAUACAUUGGUGGUGGGGGAGGAGGACGACUGGGAGCUCGCUGAGAGCGGGAAGGACGCGCUGAUCGUGCUACUGGAUGUGCGCAAGGCCAUGUUCUCCCCAUACCCACACGCGACAGCAGAGGCUCCAUCCACGUGGUUCCACGCUGUUGUGGAGCUUGUGAUCAAGCUUCUUAAGUCGAAAGUGGUCGCGAAUGAUAAUUCUCUGCUAAGCGUCGUCUUCUUCGGGACGGUGAGUGCGUUUCCUGGUUGUGUUCGUGUCUUUCUGUUGUUACUGACCUCGCAUACAGAACAAACGUGGAGAAGCAGGUGCAUUAGAGCAAGUCUACGAGUUUCAACCGCUGGGAUUCCCGUCGGCACAGCGGAUCAAGGACCUUCAGGCUCUACUGGAAGCAGACAUUCAGUCGGAAUUUGAGUCCAUGCAGAACUCGGACAAGUUGUCAUUUAGCAACGCAUUGUGGCAAUGUGGGAUUUCCUUUUCCAACGCAAACUUGAAGAAGAAAGACUCGCAGCGUAUCUGGAUAUUCACAAAUGAUGACAGCCCGGAAGGUCCAGACGCAGAAGAAGUCGGGCGGAUUCAAAAGCAAGUUCAGAACCACACUGAAUUGAAGCGUACACUGAAUCUAUUUUACAUUACACCGCCUGGGAAGGAGAAUUUUGAUCUGGCGAAGUUCUACGGAUGCAACUUUAAGGACUUUUCAGCUGAAGAAGAUGAAGAAAAUGUCGAGGACGAAGCCACUUUCCAGCCAGCAUUUCCUGUCAGUUCGCUUGAUGAUCUCAUGGACGGAUCUCUCCGCAAACGGUUCCGCAAGCGCCGGCUUACAACGUUCCCUCUCCAUAUCACGAAAGGCGUGUCAAUUGGUGUGGAGUUGUACGCGCUGGUGGUUGUCCAGCGCAAAAACACCCCCGUGGCUCUCGACGCGAGCACAAAUACCCCACUCAAGACUGAGACCAAAUGGCUCUGCGAAGACACAGGAGCUUACCUGACCCCGGAUCAGAUCAAAAAAUACAUUGACUACGGCGGUAAGCGCGUAUACUUCACUCGAGAUGACGUGGUGGAGAUCAAGCACUACGACGCCCCCGGACUCCAGUUGAUCUGCUUCAAGCCAUUGAACUCUCUCAAGUGGAACGAAAACAUUCGUUCGCCUUAUUUCGUGUACCCGUGUGACGGCUACAUCGAAGGCAGCUCGACCGCCUUUAUGGCGAUUCUAAAUUCCAUGGUCCGGAAGCAGAAAUUUGCGUUGGCGAGACUGAUUGCCCGGAAAACAAGCGAACCUCGUCUGGUGGCGCUGGUUCCCCAAGAGGAAGAGAACGACGAGAUGGGUCAAGUGCAGCCGUCAGGGUUUAACGUCAUCUUCUUGCCGUAUCUGGACGAUAUCCGUGACGUUCCUGUGGACCCAGUGAUGAACGUGGACCAGGAGAAGAUUAAAGCGGCGAAACAAUUAAUCUCGAAGCUGAAGCUGACGGAAGCACCAAGUUUCGAGAACCCAGAACUUCAAAAACACUACGCUGCCAUUCAAGCUCUCGCCCUGAAUGAGGAAGCGCUGGAAUUCGAUGAAAACAAAGACACGACUCUUCCAGAUGCUGAUGGCUUCAGUCAAGAAGAAGUGAAGGUAAGAAGGAAGCGGGUAUUGGUGCGAUAUCCGUGUGGCUCAUCACGUUUUAUGAUUCCGCCCAUUCAGGAUGCGAUUACCAACUUCCGAGACGUGUGCGGUGGAGACUUGAUCGACGUCUCAACUGCCGCGAAGCGCAAGGUCAGUUGCUUUCAGCAAUUAAGCUACCUGCGUCAUCAGCUGAUCUUGUUAUUUGUUGCGUAGUCUUCGGCCUCGGGCGGGCGCAAGUCGACAACGAAGAAGACAGCGAAGGCAAAGGCAGGCUCAGCGAACAAGCCGGAGGCGGAGGAAACGUUCGACAAGAACGAGUGGGCUGCACUCGUGGCGUCCAACGUGAUCCAGAAGAAGACUGUCGCUCAGUUGAAGGCCUUCCUGCAUGCCCACGGCCUCGCUGCUGUGGGGCGGAAGGCCGAGCUGAUCGACGCCGUCAAGAGCUUUUUGGACGCGUAGAUCGUCACAUUACUGUCACACGUCGCAUGAAUAUCAGACUCUACAAUUUUAGCCAAUCGUAGCGCUUCAAUUGUUAUUUCUUCCAAUC